GGGCCCAAAAAAUUAAUAACAAGGAGUCGCAUAAAACCUUGUAUGGAGGUUUACGGCAGCAGCCGCCUUAAAUAAGUUGAGAAGGCUCUCCAGGCUCCAUGGGACCUGCACGCUAGCCUAUAUAAAAUAAAAGCCUGAGCAAUCCCGCAGGUCAGGCUCAAAAAUUGGAAAGGUAAAGUCUUUUCAUUUAAGUUCGCGCCAGCCAUUUCGCACAUAAAACUUUCUGAAUUCCUAAAACAGCACACACACCUACUUUUAGCAGAAGAAAUGAGUCUGGAUCCAUUCGAAAGCGCCUUCAAUGAGUCUGUUACACCUCCCGACUCACCACUUCCAUCCCCUACACAUUCAGAAGCAGCAGCAGCAGUGAAACAAGAUUUGAAGGACUCCUCUAGGAACAACAAGGGCAAUAUUUCUAGCGAUGAUGAGGAUUAUGACGCCCCUGAUGGUCCUCCACGGCCUCAGGAGGAACACCAACAGCCUCCUAAUCCUCCCGACGCUGCUAAAGCCACCGCAUCUGCUGCCAAAGAUGAGGACGACGAUGACGAAGAAAAUGAGAAUGUGGAUGUUGAAUUAGGCAAAUACCAAUCUGAAGACCCCGAUAAAACAGAGAGAUUCACGGCUAUAUUGAAAAAGUUUACACCUGAUCAAAUGGAGAGAUAUGAAUCUUUUCGAAGGGCUGGGUUUCAAAAAGCAAAUAUGAGAAGGGGAGGAUGGUAAUGACAGAGAGGAAUGAAUCUGGUCCAAUCAGGCCUUGUCAUCUCCGGGAAGCCUAUAGGAGACUAAAACUGGAAGGCAAAGUACCUAAGCGAACAAGGUCGAGGCUCUUUUUGUAGGGGGUGCUGGUAUACAAGCAUUGGAAAGCAACAUUUCACAUGUCUGCCUUCUAUUUUUAGUAACAGGGAAUUAUCAAAUGGUAUUUUAAUGUUUUUUCAGUGGCAAAUUCCUCUGUUAAAAUUGUCAAAAUCAAUGUACCUUUCCUUAUAUGGAUUCAAACUGAUGUGACUAAAUCUAACCAUCAUAUGGACUUGAAUGGUUUGGUUGAUAGUUGAAAAGUUUAUCCAUUUAGUAACAUUGCCAGAGGUUGAAAUGUCUCAACUCAAUCAAGGUUUUUGGAAACAAUUGUGUGAAUGAUUUUCAUGUUUUUCCCUGGUGAUGCACCUCAAGUAAGAUCUGAAAUGUUGAUUGGUAAUCUUUCACUGUUGUUUCCAAAAACCUUAUGUAAAAAUAUUUAUGGACUGUGGAACAUCAAAUUUGAAUAUAAUUUUUUACUUGAUUCAAUCUU